AUGAAGUUCGGACCAAGCCAGCCAUGGUUUGGGUUGAGAGGAGGAUGGCUGACCUUCUGGGUCACCGUUGCAUGUGCUACGGACAUGACUCUGUUUGGUUAUGAUCAGGGUGUUUUUGGUGGUGUCAUUGUAACGAGUGACUUCCUGGACACAUUACAACUACGCGACGAUCCCACUCUUUUGGGAACAGUGACUGCCAUCUACGACGUCGGCUGUCUAUUUGGCGCAAUCCUCUCUAUGUAUUUUGGUGAAGUAUGGGGUCGAAAAAAGUCCAUCAUGGUAGGCACCACCGUCAUGGCCAUCGGAGCACUACUGCAGAUCACAGCCUACGGAGUCCCGCAAAUGAUUGUAGGCCGUAUCGUUGCCGGUCUAGGAAACGGCAUGAACACGGCCACGGCGCCAGUCUGGCAGGGUGAAACCUCGCAGAUCAAAUGGCGUGGAAAACUGGUUAUUAUUGAGAUGAUUCUUAAUAUCGCUGGCUAUUCGCUUUCGAAUUGGGUGACUUAUGCUUUCUCAUAUGUCCCUGGUCCGGCGUCGUGGCGGUUUCCGUUGGCUUUCCAGUUUGUAUUUAUUAUUAUUCUCUGGAUUACUGUACCGUGGCUGCCGGAGUCUCCUCGUUGGCUCAUUGCCCAUGGUCGUCUCGAUGAGGCACGCGAGAUCAUCGCCAAUUUGGAAGACAUGGAUGCAGACGAUUCUUACGUUAUCACUGCUCAUACGGAGAUCGUCGACGCCGUUGAAUACGAGCGUCAGAAUAGCAUUUCCUGGCUCAACCUGCUGCGCGGUAAGACAGGCGACCAAGGAGGUACCUGCGCCAUCCGUCGAUUACUCCUCGGUGCCGGAGCCCAGGCAAUGCAGCAACUAUCCGGAAUCAACGUCACAUCCUACUACCUGCCAACAGUAUUAAUGGAAUCAGUAGGCAUGUCUGAAAAGAUGUCUCGACUACUCGCAGCCUGCAACUCAGUCUCAUAUCUCCUUGCUGGUCUCGUCGCAAUCCCGCAUAUCGAACGCUGGGGCCGUCGUCGUCUCUUCAUGAUCUGUGCACUGGGACAGGGUCUUUGUUACCUGCUCAUCACUGUAUUGAUCAGCUUCAAUGAGAAAGAGGGCUACGCGUAUCAGGAACAGGUUGCCUCUGCUUCAGUCGCAUUUUUCUUCUUGUACUAUGUCUUCUUCGGAAUCGGUUUCCAGGGUAUCCCCUGGCUGCUUCCGGUCGAAAUCAACUCCCUCUCCAUGCGCACGAAAGGUGCAGCGCUCGCCACAGCAACGAACUGGGCUAUGAACUUCAUGGUCGUCGAAAUCACCCCCGUCGGUAUCCAGAGCCUCGGAUACCGGUUCUACAUUAUCUGGACAGUGCUCAAUCUGUCCUUCGUGCCGAUCAUUUACUUCUUCUACCCGGAGACGGCGAAUCGGGCUCUCGAGGAUAUCGAUAUGUUCUUUCGGGAGAACCCUUCGAUCUUUGUGUAUAGCAAUAAGGAGGCGAUCUCUGCGAGGCGGCCCGCACGGUAUGUCGAGAUGGAGCAGGAUUUGGUGCAGAGGACUGCGGAGCAGACUGGGGAGAAGAUAGACGCGGAGGAGAUUAAGGGGACCGUGGAGCAGAUGGAGAGAGUAUAG